CGUUUGUUCCAGAUCCUCGAACACCGGAACGUUGUCGUCGUUCGGAUCGCGAUACGCCGUCAUAUUCUGCUCUUCUCCAUGCUCUCUCCAUGCCACAUGAGCGGGGACGAGACCGAUGGUGACGUCAAACAACACCCGCCUGUGUUUCGUAUCAUCCUGGCGCGCUGGCAGAGCGUGGCCAUGAGAGCGUUCCUCUGGAAGCUCGAUGCUAUCUACCGGGCCGACUGGGCAGCCCCCUCUGUCAUCCGCACCACCCCCGGCAACCCCCCUCGCCACCGAGUCUUCAACCAGCACAGCAGAGUUGUCGAAGGCAGAGCGCCUGUUGGCUUAUGUCGCAACUGUUAUGAUGCCGAGUGGCUGCAGUCCCUCCGACCUCAUAUUCGCGACGCCCUCCAGGUCAUCGACAAAGACUACGACUUCACCCUUCCUGAUAUUCCCGCUCCUUCUCACAGCGGCUUCUGA